AAUGGUUUUCGCCACCCCUCAUGUCUUCAUUGCUGGCCUCGGCAAUAUAUCCCAUCCCAUAACAAGGCACAGCGUUGGCCAGCUUAUUGUGGAUGCUCUGGCCUCAAGGCUGGGAAUCUCCAUGUCGUCUGAAAGGGGCGGGUUCAGAGGACGCAGCGACGUCUUGAUUGGCGAUACUCCGGUCAACUUGACGCUAUACAAAUCAAAGUCCUUUAUGAACAUCUCUGGCCCUUCCAUUGCUGCAGAGUAUCGCAAAAGCGUAAACUCUCCUUCUUCGAUGAUCGUUAUCACAGACUCCCUCUCUCAUAGGGUUGAAGCGUUGUCCGUCAAACUCGGAGGCUCUGCGAAUGGCCACAACGGGGUUAAGAGCAUUAUUUCUGCACUAGGAGGCGACUUGGGUUUCUAUCGCUUUCGCGUUGGCAUUGGACGCGACGACACGGAUGCUGCUACUUACGUGCUGCAAAGGCUGUCUUCUCACGAACGUUGGUACUGGACGGAAGACGGACUGGAUCUCAUCCUCACCGAAAUUGAAAAGGUUGCGCGUAAGAACGGAUAAAGUUCGACGGAAUUAGUUCGCGUGAGAAUUACACCGCAAAUGAUGGGUUCCAUCUGGAUGCCUCUGGCUCACUCUAUCUGUCUCGUCAGAAACAGCUUUCGGGGCUCGGGAAUACCCUUGGUAUCCUCUAGAUUAUCUGACGAUGCGUUAUAUCGUCUGCACAACGCGCUGCACAUGUAUAUACCCAGCUCAAUAUCAAAAUAUCUGAUCAC